AUGCCCGCAGAAGACGGAGAGGCAGUAUCUGCUAUAUCGGAACUUUCAGAAUUUGUAAAAUGGACAAAUAAAAGUGCUUUCAAAUAUCAUAGCUGUUUGUCUAUUGAAAAAACUCCUGAGAAAGGAAUUGGAUUAUUUUUUGAUAUAAAUCAACACUUGGAAAAUGACUUGGAAAUUUUAAGAGUUCCAAAGAAGUUCACUUUCGAUUAUCACAGUCUAUUGGAGAUAUUGGACAACCUCAAGAAAUACGAUGCUCAUAAGGAUGAUUCGGAGAUGAGGGAGUCUGCAGUUUUAGUAGAGCUCUUGAAAGCCUGUGAACCUGCUAAUGAGACCGAAAUUUUGAUAUGUUAUUUUUGGGGCUUUAGAUUUCUUUACGAGUUUAAAAAGAAAAAUACUACAUAUUUCGUCGACUCACCUCUUCGAAUAUUUGACAAGUAUCUUGAAAUAUUGUGCUUGACACAAACAACAGCAUACCCUCCCACUAACUUCUAUUCAUCAGAUAAGUUUCUUCAGAAGCUUGUUAAAAACGCAAAAAAACUGAAAAUAAAGUAUUCAAACGUAUCAGAUACCCUAAAUGCUUUAAAGUUUUCAGAAUUAGUCUCUUUUGAUAUGUUCUACCAAAUUGAAUCAGCAGUCAAAUCUCGCACGCUAGAAAUACCCAGUAAAAGUGAAGACGUUGAUGACAAUGAAGAUGAUUAUUUUGUCAAUGUUACAUUGGUACCAGUAUUAGAUUUUGCAAAUCAUAGCCAUCAUAGUAAUGCAUAUUUUGAUGUUGAUAUAUAUUCUGGUGACAUCUUGUUGAAGUUAAAGCCAACAAACAUCAUAGGAAAACUCGAAGUGACAAUUUCAUACUCGGAGAUCGAGAGCAUUCAACAUUUCGUUGAUACAUAUGGCUUCAUUCCACAACUUAGCGAUUACGAUUUUCAGUUGUUUGAGCUUAAUCUUAAUCUCACAAAUAGCAUGAAAGAAUUACCCAAUGCCAAUAAAAUAUGUAAAUGGCUAAGAAUUUUACCACAGGUUCAAAUUGUACUUAACUCUAAAGCCACUUAUUUGGAUUUUUUCAACAAUCCUUUACCAUUACUUUUCAUUAAGGGCUUGAGCUAUAAUAGCAAUUGGCAAAACAUAGCUAUCGAUGAGUUCGAACGACUAUAUGACACUCAAGUUGAAGACGAAAAUCGCGAUAUAAUUAUGGACUAUUUUAAAUACCAAGAAGAAGAAUGUGAUACCAUCAAUGGUGUUGGUACAAUUGGGGUGUAUUAUAAAAAGGAGCCGUUUCGAGUCGAAACGUUCGGAAUAUGGAGCGAUGAAAAUCACAAUUUGCUUGAUGAUCUCAAAUGUAAGUGUAUUGACCUUGUCUUGGUUGAAGCAGAGCUGCAGAGGAUGGAUAAAAUACAGAGUGAAGCUAAGUCAUCCUUUGUUGAUUUAGCGAGAGCUUAUUUGUCAUAUAAGUCUAAAUUAAUGAACAGACUUUUAGAAAGUGAUAAGAAGACUUUGGACCUCCCAGUGCAGCUUGCGAAAAGUGAGUGGCAAGAUUUUAGAACCUUACCAAGGGAAGUUGACGUUACUUCAUUACUUGAUUCGCUCAGUCAAUAA